ACGUCGUUGUUUAUAUAACAAGGCGGAGACGACGGGCCUGUUGUUUUGCUGUGUUUUCGUAGCUUGAAACACGAUGUGGAAGAUUGUCUUCGCGACUCUCGCGGCGGUUCUCGCCGUCGGUCUUGGUGCCAUGGUCGGGGGCUUCCGGGACAUAGAUGUGAAUGACGCCGGGGCGAGGGAUGCUCUGAACUUCGCCGUCGUCCAACACAACAGACGCAGCAACGACGCGUACCUGAGCCAAGUGGCAGAGGUGGUGAGAGUUCAGAGUCAGGUGGUUGCUGGCGUCAAGUACGUCAUAACUGUGCAAAUGGGGAAGACCCCCUGCAGAAAGGGCAGUGCAAGUGACAACGUGUGUGCCGUCCACGAAGACGCAGCCAAGGCUCGGGCUUACCAGUGCAAAUUCACAGUGUGGAGCAGGCCAUGGCUUCAGGAGAUCUCUUUGCUUGAGGAGAAAUGCAGUUAAGAAAACAAUGUGGAAACUCUUCAACGCUUGCAGAAUAACCUUCAGAAAGAGUAACGUGUAAUUUCCUGUAGACGAAACCACCAUGUAACCAUGUAUUAAGAUUUUAAUUUCUUUUCCUGUGCUACUUCACUGUAUGUUGGUAACCUUUGAAAGUCAGUAUUUUUAGAUGCCAGAAUCACCAGUAGUGACUGACAAUGAGGGAGUGAAUUAACUUUUAGAAUAGCAACUUUUUUCAGUGCAUACUUUCUAAAUCAAGCAAAUAACAAAUAGUUACAUACUGAACAGCCUAAUAAAGCCUAUUAACACCA